CCAAUGUGAAUUAUGGUAAUCGUAAAUUUACAAAUCAUCGAACUCUGGAAGCAGAAUUAGGGUUUUCUUCUGUUUAUCCAUCUAUUUUGUAUUUCGCUAAUGGAAGCUGAUGUGUCCAUUUCCUUCUCAAACCCCAACUGAAUCAUUUCUCUUUCUUUCUACUGAGAUUUAGGAUUUUUUUUUUAAAUUCUGUUUUCGAUGAAGAUGAAUGGUGGUGUGGUAUUAUUGUUAUGGUUCCUCUGUUUUUUGGGUGUUUGUUGGAUGGCUUCAGCUAGUGUGCUGCUGGUUGGGAACAACGUUACUAUCUCUUUCGACGCUGUUCAAGCUAAUUUUGCUCCGCCAGUUAAAGGGUCAGGGAAAUGUGGGGUAUUAUAUUUGGCAAAUCCUCUCGAUGCCUGUUCGGAAUUGAGUAAUAAUGUGGAAAAGAUUUCCAAUAUUACUUCUCCCUUUGCGCUGGUUAUUAGAGGAGGUUGUGGUUUUGAUGAGAAAGUAAGGAGAGUGCAAAAGGCAGGGUUCAAAGCCUCUAUUGUCUAUGACAAUGAUGAUGGUUUCUUGGUUGCAAUGGCAGGGAAUGCUGCUGGCAUAAAGAUACAUGCUGUCUUUGUUUCCAAAGCUUCUGGUGAAAUGCUCAAAAAGUAUGCUGGGUUCACUGAUAUCGAGCUAUGGCUAAGCCCUACUUUUGACAAUUCUGCAUGGUCGAUCAUGGCCAUCUCCUUUAUAUCUUUACUUGCCAUGUCGGCAGUCCUCGCGACUUGUUUCUUUGUACGCAGGCAUCACAUUAGACUAGAACGUCCUCGAUCUUCUCAAGUUAGUGAAUUCCAUGGAAUGAGCAAGCGUUUAGUAAAAGCAAUGCCUAGCUUGGUAUUCACUGCUGUCUUGGAUGAUAAUUCUACUUCAAGAACGUGUGCAGUAUGUCUUGAAGAUUAUACCAUUGGAGAGAAGCUCAGGAUUCUUCCAUGUUGUCACAAGUUCCAUGCUUUCUGCAUUGAUUCUUGGCUUACAACAUGGAGAACAUUUUGCCCCGUUUGCAAGCAUGAUGCAAGAACCACUGCAGGUGGUUUACCAGCAUCAGAAAGUACACCAUUGCUUUCAACCACCCCAAGCUCAGUUUCCUCUGUGUUAUCAUCCGUUAGAUCAUUAGCAUCAUCGUCAUCAAUACAAAUUGCCCCAGAAUCAUGGACAUCUCCACUGGCUUCUCAGACACAGUCUCUUGCCAGCCUUCCAUAUAUUCAGCAAUCAUUUAGGUCCUACCAUCAAUCUCUUUCCAUGAGCUAUAGCAGAAGCUCAGUAGAACUUAGAAACACAACUUCUCAAAGAUCUCAUACUUCUCAUUUGGUUUCACCUGCCUCGUUGAAUUAUCCAUCCGUAUCACCGCUUAAUGCAAGAUACAUGUCCCGAUAUUUUCCGAUCCCAAACAACAUGUCACCAAGUUUAGUCAGUUCUUCAGGUUGCCAACUGAAUCCACUGCAUUAUAGUGGGUCAGCUGCUAGUUUUUCACCUUUUGCAUCUGCUCAUUCUCUUCCAGAAUGUUAAUGAGGUUAGUAAUUACGGGUGAAUUUGAAAGAAUGCAAUGCCCUACAUAUGGUAAAUCAUUACAGUUCUUGAUACGAUUGGUUGUGUUCUUAUCUAAUGUCGAGAUUUUAACUUGCCGAAAUUGUACAUUGUAGCAUAAGGUUUAUGUAAUUUAUUUUGAUUUCCCCAAAUGACUAGUGUAUGUGUGUAAUGUGAGAAGAGGAUUGUAAACAUUGGGUUUUCAGUCUUGUGAAUAUAGUUAUCUUGCAAUGCUUAUGCUUUGU